AUGUCCAGCCUUCUUACACUGGAAACAAACAUUGGAACUUUGCAGACACGGCCCCGUAUGAAUGAUUCCACAAAGAUUGCAGGGGAAAGUUGGCAGGGACAAAAUGAGAGGGUCCAAGGGUUUACUCUCCGAGAGGAAAACGACAGGCUAAAAAUCGAGAGUCUCUCAAUGAAACGGAUGUUAAACGAGAACUCAUGCCGUAGUUGUAAGGUUCUUACUCCCAUCGAAAAAGCACAACUUGCCAAUAUAAGACAACUUCAAGCCGAUAAUUUGCAAUUGAAGCAAAAGUACUAUAAUGCGUGUAAUUCUCUUGCGAUAACGGGGAUCCCUAUCCCAAUAAUACGAGACUUGCUACCACCAAUGCUUGUUUCUUCGUUCGAUCAAACCAGAGUCUUUAUAGGGCAAUCAUCAAUGGAGUCCUCCAUUGAUGAUAAUGCUAUUGUUAAUGCCAAUGUCACUACUAAUCCACAACUAGAUUCCGAGACGUCAAAAAUGAUUCAAACAAUCGGGAUAGCUAGGGAUGAGUUAAUGAACCUAUUGAAUGUAAACGAACCAUUUUGGUUAAAGGAUAUGACAGAUGGAAGGUACAUCAUUCAUAGGGAGACAUAUAAUGCAACAUUUUUAAAGACAAGUGCCCGAGAAAACCGCCAUCAAAAUGGAUCGCGUACUCGCUUCGAAUCAUCGAAAAAUGAAGCAAUCUUGAGCAUGAGUGCUUCUAGAGUAGCUGAAAUGCUAAUGGAUUCGAAAAUGAGGGUAGAAUAUCUUUUUCCUACCAUCAUAACAGAGGCUUUCACAAUCCAAGAAUAUGCAAAUCAAACCUCGCCUCGCCAAGUCGGGCCUAUAAAAUUGGUUUAUGAACAAAUGCAUAUAUUGACCCCAUUUGUUACUCCAAGAGAGCUUUGCUUUGUUCGUUUCUGUGAAAAGGUCGGUGAAGGAGUGUGGCUAAUAGUGGAGGUCUCUCAUGUCUUUAAGAAUACUAGUUUUCAACUCAAUUCCCCUUCUCGGGCAUGGAGGCUUCCUUCUGGCUGUCUAAUCAAGCAUGUCUCUCCUGGAGUCUCUCAUGUGACAUGGGUGGAACAUGUAGAAAUUGAAGACAAGGCCCCAAUUCAUCUACUCUAUAAAGAUGUGUUCUUUCGUGGAUUGGCCUUCAGUGCAGAUAGAUGGGUUCAAAUACUUUCAAGGUCCUGCCAUAGAAUUGCUUGUUAUAAUAACAUUGGGCAGAACCAAUCUGAUAGCUCCGAACAAAACUUGGGAGUGCUAGGAAACAUGACCGAAGAACAUAAGAAAUGCAUAAUGAACAUAACUGACAAGAUGGUGAAGAGAUUCUGCUCAAACAUGAACAUGAAAAACAAACUUGACAUGCCUCAAAUGAAAGACAAUGGAAUUUGUCUCUCUAUAUGUCGGGAUCAAGAAAACUCGUGCCCAUCCAAUGGUCUGAUCGUCAAUGCUGCUACCUCGUUUUGGCUUGACGUUCCAUGUCAAAUGAUUAUCGAUUACUUACAAAAUGUUAACCUAAGAGCUCAGUGGGACGAUAUGUGCAAUGGAGGAGCAGUGGAAGAGUUUGCUUGUAUUAGUUUUGGAGAUGAAAUAAAGAAUUCUAUCUCUAUUAUGAAGCCUGAUCAUAUUGAAUCUGGAAACAAUUUGAUUGUGAUCCAAGAGACUCUAGUGGAUCCUCUUGGUGCGGUUGUAGUUUAUGCUCCUGUUGAUCAAGAAGACUUUGAUGGGGAACUAAAUGGUUCUUGGUCGAAGGAUGUACUUCCAUCUGGAUUUAUCAUAUCUAAGGAUCAAAACCCUGAAUGCAUGCGGAUCAAUCUUGGAGGAGCUUCGACUUCUAGCAAUGUUGUGAAGGAUGUGCCUAACGGUUCGCUCGUUACUGUGGCUUUUCAAGUUAUGUCUUAUUCCGAGAAAAUUGAGAUGGAAUUCGUCAACAUUGUCACUUCUCUCAUUUCUUCAACGGUUGAUAGCAUAAAGUUAGCAUUCAAUUACCCCGACCCCUCCCCUUAG